GGGCUUGCAUCAUCCGGGAGGGUCGGGGCGAGCAGCAGCUGCAGGAUUUAGGGACAUGGUGCAUCAUCAGUAUGGACCGAAUCUGCGGACAAGCCAACUAUUAACAGCAUAUGUAAAUUUACCGUCAGAAGCGCCUCCUCCCUGCCGCAGCUCCAAGCCCAGCGUCCGGAGCUCACUGGGAUAAAGCAUCGGGGGGACCCCGUGGAGCCAUCAGUCGGCUGUGAUCGUGGGUCAGCAGGGGCAGGGCAGCAUCCACUGAACUGCUUCCAAGGAGCUCCACCUGGAGCAAAGUGCAAGGUCCUCUGUCAGAGUACAGAUAUGAGCUGUGGAGAGCUUUAGCUGCUGUCGAUCGCCUUCUUACCAAACGCAGAUAACUUAAAUGUACCUUUUUUUUAUUUUUAUUUUUACAUCUUUUUAAGUUAUUAAUAGCACCAAAGAUGUCGUGCUUUUUAUUAGGAGUCAUAAGAAGGCAGGGUGGUGUUGGGGCCAGUGUUGGGGUGCGGUCCCUGGCCUCCAUCCCUUCGCUACCUCCGGCGGUGGCUGAUUUUGUUAAGGGAGCUGUAGAUGAGUGCAAGCCCGCCAACAUCCACGUGGUAACUGGUACUCCUGAGGAAACGGCCAACAUCUUGGCCUGCCUGGAAAGGGACGGCAUGGUCAAGAGGCUUCCUAAAUAUCAGAACUGUUGGCUGGCCCGUACUGACCCAAAGGAUGUGGCCCGGGUGGAGAGCAAGACUGUGAUCGUAACCAAAAACCAGAGAGACACCAUUCCCAUCCCAGCUGGAGGGGUGAAGAGCCAACUAGGUAGCUGGAUGAGCGAGUCGGACUGGCAGAAAGCCAGGAGAGACCGUUUUCCAGGCUGCAUGGUUGGUCGGACCAUGUACGUGAUUCCCUUCAGCAUGGGACCUGUUGGUUCCACACUAAGUAAAUAUGGCGUCCAGGUGACAGAUUCGCCGUAUGUCGUGGCAAGCAUGGGGAUCAUGACGCGCAUGGGCACUGCUGUUCUGCAGAAACUGUCUGAAGGACAGGAGUUUGUCCGCUGUCAGCACUCUUUAGGACGACCUUUCCCACUCAAAGCUCCCCUGAUUAACUCUUGGCCCUGUAACCCAGACAAAGUCCUAAUAUCUCACCUGCCAGACACCAGGCAGAUUUUGUCCUUUGGCAGUGGUUAUGGAGGAAACUCUCUCCUUGGGAAGAAGUGCUUUGCCCUCCGCAUUGCCUCCCGCAUCGCCAAGGAUGAGGGCUGGCUGGCUGAGCAUAUGUUGAUUCUUGGAAUCACCAACCCUCAGGGCAUGAAGCGUUAUGUGGCGGCGGCCUUCCCCAGCGCCUGCGGUAAAACCAACCUGGCCAUGAUGAAGCCUGCUAUCCCAGGAUGGAAGGUGGAGUGCGUGGGCGAUGACAUUGCAUGGAUGAAGUUUGACAGUCAAGGCAAACUCAGGGCCAUCAACCCAGAGAACGGGUUCUUUGGAGUGGCUCCGGGCACUUCCGACAAGACGAACCCUUACGCCAUGGCCACCAUCUCCAAAAACACGGUGUUCACCAAUGUUGGUGAGACUAGCGAUGGAGGAGUGUGGUGGGAGGGGCUUGACCCCCCUGCAGCUGGAGUUACUCUCACCGACUGGCAUGGAAAAACAUGGAAGCCAGGAAGCUCCACACCAUGUGCCCACCCUAACUCACGCUUCUGUGCCCCAGCGGCUCAGUGCCCCAUCAUUGACCCCCAGUGGGAGAGUGAGGAAGGGGUUCCUAUUGAUGCCAUUAUUUUUGGAGGCAGAAGGCCUGAAGGAGUCCCUCUGGUCUAUGAGUCUUUCAGCUGGCAGCAUGGAGUGUUUGUAGGAGGUGCAAUGAGAUCAGAGGCCACAGCAGCUGCAGAACAUAAAGGUAAGGUGAUCAUGCAUGACCCCUUUGCCAUGCGUCCAUUCUUUGGCUACAACUUUGGUGACUACCUCGCUCACUGGCUGAGCAUGCAGACCAGGAAAGCCCCCACCCAGCUGCCCAAGAUCUUUCACGUCAACUGGUUUAGAAAGGACCCUGCGACCGGCGCCUUCCUCUGGCCCGGAUUUGGAGAAAACGCCCGCGUACUGGAGUGGAUCUUCAAGCGCUGCAGCAGAGAGAGGGAGGACGAGGCGGCCAAGAGGAGCUACAUCGGUUGGCUGCCAGAAGAUGGUGCCAUUGACACUAAAGGUCUGGGCAGUAAGGUGGAUAUGGGCGCUCUGUUUGACGUACCCAAACAAUUUUGGCAGAAGGAAACCAAGGAGCUAAGAGCGUACUUCACUCAGCAGGUCGGAGCUGACCUACCCACACAGGUGGAGGCUGAGCUGAAGGCGCUGGAGGACAGAGUCCACAGUUAGACACGUUUAAAUCCAGUGACAGGAAGCUAAUUCAGAAGAAGUGAGGCACUCAGGGAACAUAAUUCAUCAGGGAUUCAACAGAGCUGUUGAUUAGGUUUACAUAUGAUGAGAAGUCUGGACUUCUCUUCAUAUGCACCACACGCUUUCCUGUGAUACACGAAGAUAUAAACAAGUUUAGAUUAGAAGACUAAACCUUCUUUGUGCCUGUGAACACAGUCAGUGAGCCCUGUUGUUCUCAAAAAUACUCAAAAAAAACCUUUGCAGUAAUACUGAGGUUUAACUCUCACCUUGAAGAUUAAUUUCCGGCAGGGACCCUAACAUCACCACCUCCAUUCACACAUACCUGCCAGGGUGUUGCUGAUGUCCAAUCAUUGUGCCCAUGUGGCGCCUUUUAUAGUUAACAGGCUGAAGACCAAAAAGCCUUUUCAGUAAGAGUUUUUACUCAGUUAAAGAUUUAAAAUAAGAAACUUUGACAUUAGUAUCAUGAGAUGCCUUUUUAAUAUUAAAUCAGGCUCAGCUUGAUAAAAGAUGUUGACUCACUAUGGUUUAAUCUUCAGGGCCCAGGAUUUCUGCGCAUUUAUCACUCAGCCACUUUGGUAAUGAUUGUGAUUAAACAGUAGAACGUCAGCUGUUGUUUACACUCAGUUUAUGAAAAGUUGGACCAAUAAAUGCCUCAGAGAUUAUCAGGUGUUUUUAAAAGUUUUUAUGACAGUGAAAUGACUAAAACUCUUCAUAUGUGGAAACACAAAGUAAAUUUGAGAUUUGUUCAUUUUUACAGUGACUUGAAAAAAAUAAAUGGUGCCUUGUAAAAGUA